GUCACAAAUCCAGAUGGCCGAAACUUCUAGAAUUGGCGAGCCGGACAACGGCGAACGGAUCACUUGUAGUGUCCUAGCUAACCGCAUUUGGAGUGGUCAUCAACUACAUUAAUAAUAGUUAUUUUUCUUAUUAAUCUAAGGUUGUCAUCAUUUUUGUCAAUAUAAUAUAGUUGUCUAUGGUUGUCAUAACCAAUGACCUUUCCCUACCUAUGGUUAGUUUACAGGUUGAGCUCAAGUUAACCGACUAAAAACCAAAAACAAACUGAUAUAUCUGGGGUGAGUUUAUAUAUCUGAGCAAACUUGACGGCUCAACUUUUUGAAGAUCAGAUUUAGUUUCCUAUAUUCUAUCAUCUACGAUCUAUGUAGGAUCACCUGUCUAGAGGCAACCUCUAGAAACGCAUUUGUUAUUAAAUAACCUCAGUAUUUUGUUAUCAAUUCAAAAAUGGACUAUAAUGAAGAACAAACCGGCGAGUUAGAAGCAUUGGAAUCUAUUUAUUAUGGAGACUUUGUUGUAAUCUCUAACGCCCCAAUUAAAUUUUCUAUACCCAUAAAAACCGAGGAAUAUGAUACGGAUAUUAGCUCUGGCCUGAGUUGUGAUUUGGUCAUAACCUAUACACCAAAAUAUCCAGAAGAGGCUCCAAUAAUUGAGAUAGAAAAUCCAACAAACUUCGACAAUGGGUACAAAUCCGAGCUCCUCAAAUACUUGCAAGAACAAGUGCAAGAAAAUUUAGGUAUGGUAAUGGUUUUUACACUAGUAUCUUCAGCACAAGAAAGGUUGAAUGUUAAGUAUGAUGAAAUAAAAAAAGAUAGGGAAGAAAAGGAAGCCAGAAAAAUAAAAGAGGAAGAAGAAGCUGAAAGAAAGCGUUUCGAAGGAACCAGGGUUACUAUAGAAUCAUUUCUUAAAUGGAAGCAACAAUUUGAGGAAGAAAUGGGUAUCGACAAAAAAAGGGAAUUAGCAGAGAAAGAAGGUCGAAAACUAACAGGAAGAGAACUCUUUAUGACUGAUAAUACCCUGAAUGAAUCUGACCUUAAAUUCUUAGAUGAAAUCGAUAGGGUUAAAGUAGAUGAAUCACUGUUUCAAGAUUUGGAUGAUUUGGAUUUAGAUGAUGAAGAUGAUGAGGAUUUUGACCCAAAUAACUAUAAAUCUGACUCAUCAGACUAAUUUGUUGUAUUUAGUGUUGUUAUAAUUCCUGUUGGAAAUACACCAUAUUUUUUAAAUUUAGUCCUUGAUACUUUUCUGGUAAGAUAAAAGAUCCUUGAUCCUUGAUUAUUUACAGUACUUUAUUAACAAAGAAACUAAUU